AUGGGGAAUGCCCUGUGGUGCUGCUGCAAGGGAGAAGACGACGAUGAUGGAUAUGUCUAUCUUGGUGGCGACGAUGAUCAGCAUGCCUACUACUACCCGGCCCCGGCCGCCGUCUCCAGGUCCAGGCCGCACUACCAGCCAGCUGCGGGGUCUUCCCCAACUCAGGGGAGCAGCCUCCGCUGGCCCCAGUCUCCUCCGGCUCCGCCAUCCAGGCCCCGACUGCAGCUGCAUGCUCCUCCAUCUCCUCCUCCUGCCUGCUCAGCCGCCGCUUCGACGAGCAGGGGAAGCCUGACUCUCCGGCCCCAGCCACCUCCGGCGGCUCCAACCCCCAGGCCCCAACGGCAGCUGCAUGCUCCUCCUGUGCCUCACGGCGUUCCCUCCUCAACUUCGGCGAGCAGCAGCAGCAUCCUCCCGUCCCAGCCUGCUCCGGUUCCAGCCUCCAGACCCCAUAAGCGGGGGCCGCAGCAGCCUUCUUCUCCUGUGACCCAUGGCCAUGGCGUCGCCGUCGCCUCCUCAACUUCGACAUGCAUGCUCCUCCGCCCCCAAAAGCAGAAGCCGCGACCGCCUCCCCCGAUUUCCCAUGGCGUCGUCGCGGUCGACUCUCCAGCUUCGACGACGAGCUGCCUCCUCCGUUUUGAGCAAGACCUCCUCAACUUCGUGCUCACCAAAAUGGUUCCUGAAAGGCUCGGAGAGCAUGUUACAUCAUCCAAGAAAGCACAAGCUAAAUGGUAUAGGAAUAUCUCUGAAGCUUAUGUAAAAACAGAACCCCCUCCGAGAACAUUGGCAGAGGCUGCCAUGCUAGUUGCUACAGCUCUGGGCAGGAUCCAGGGAGCUAAUUUGGAGGGUGUCCUUGCCUACUAUGGCUUCCCGAUUCCAAUGCCCCCUGUAGUCACCACAGAGCACCAUCCAGCAUCACUACCAGACGGCGUGCAGUUCGUCCUGAAAACUUUGCCGAUUUAUGCAAAGUGCAUUGGAGAUGGUGAUGGCUUUACUGCUUAUGUUGACACAGCAGAUCCAACAGAAUCAACAAAUGUGCCACAGGAAGUGCGUGAGGCUGUCAAUGCAAUGUUACAAACACCCAAGCAUAGGAACAGCCAACAGAAAAAUGUGCUCCAAAGUAAACUGAACAAAGCUGGUUAUAGGAUAAUAUAUACUUCAAAAUAUGAGAUCCUUGCAAGGCAAUACCGCUUCAGAUUGAGGGGCAUUGAUGCACCGGAGAUGGGAAUGCAAUAUGGGAAGGAGUCCCAGAAUGCGCUGGUGAACCUUAUCGCUGGCAAAAGUGUCAUGGUUUACGUAUAUGGGCAGGACCAGUAUGAUCGCUGUGUUGGAGAUAUCUAUUGUGAUGGUGUGUUCAUCCAGGAACAAAUGCUGAAGGAGGGUCAUGCAUGGCAUUACAAGAUUUACGACAAACGCAAAGAAUUUGCAAAAUGGGAGAUGAAAGCACGAGAUGCACGCCGAGGGCUUUGGGCAUCUGAUAACCCUGAGAAGCCAUGGGAUUGGAAAAGGAAGCACAACGUGAGAAAUGAGACAUCUGAUAACCUUGAUAAGACAUGGGAAUGGAGACGGAAAUCGCACAAUGCAAGACACCAGAACACCUCAAUUCAGGUGACAUUGUGUACCUGA